UUUCUGAAAUGAGUACCACACGGUAUCGGUACGGAAUAUCAUUCCUGAAUAAGCGUUUCGUUCCGGAAUGAAUAUCGGAAUGAACUCAUUCCGGAAUGACUCGCUCUGGAAUGAAAUUUUGCUCUGGUAUCAUGUGAACAAAUACCAAGGAAAUAUAUGUCAACCGGGAUGAACUCGUUCCGGAACGAAAUUCUUAGACCGGUAUCAUGUAAACGGCACCUUAUAGUUUGAUUCUUGUAGGAUUUCGUGUCCACGACGUUUAUUUGAUGCCAAGCUUUCCGCCAUAUUGGCCAUCUUCAGUGCUACAUGAAAUGACUUGCAACUGCGAGAACUAUCAUUUGCAAAUGCAUGAGAUUCUAUAAAUGAGUUGUGGAAAGGGUCAUUGAGAUGCAACAUAUCAUGAAGGGAAAAGAAGUCACCGUACAGCGAUACCCUGUUGGAACAAAGAUACCUGAGAUCUUUUCAGGAAAAAGUGAUGAUACCAACAAUCAAGAGAUAGAUGCCAUGGUUUUCCGGUCUGUUCCUAUCAUCUUACGAUUUAUCUAUACAGUCCCAAUGUAUAAAAAGAGAAUCCAAUCCAUUGAGUCAGAUUUCAAUGUCACAAUUAAUGUAAUCGAUGAUGGAUUAAAAGUGGCAAUCAGCCCAUUGCCAGGAUGCACACGAAGGAAACAUGAUGAUGCUUGUGAGGAGUACUUUGUACUCUACAGAGAGGUCUAUGACGGACCAAUGAUGUCUAAAUAUAUCAUUCUCACACCAGCGUUAUCGGUAAAAGAGGCCGCAAUAAAACAGUUGCGAAUGGAAACAGUUGCUAUCCAAGCAAUAGACGUUCCAGAUGAUGAGUUGCCGUUUUACGGGAAGGAGGCGAAUGUAAGGUCUGCAAUCAAUGCAGUAUGCAAUAAGACGUUAAAAAAUGAUUAUCCCUGUUGUCCGCUUCAAAUUCGAGAACUUCGAAAACUUUACUUGCGCUUAGGAAACGUACAGCAUGUUCAAGGCAAGGAUGAGAAUCAUUAUAUCGGUAAGUUCGUCAAAUGAGCUAGCCCUAUCCAUAACAACACUAUAUAGUAAAAAUAUUAAGCAAACGAUAGAUGGAUUCAAUAGUCAUGCUGCUUGGCAUUAA